CCGGUCGUGGAUCCUCCUGCCGCCGCCGACGAGCCUUCGGUAUCUGUUUUUAAUUCCUACCGGGGAAACCAGACACCGAGCACCCGGCAGAGAGGCGCUGUCUGUCGGCUCCCAAGCGCCGCCACCGCCCCUCGGACUGCCCGCGGCUCUCGUCCUCUCGGCGGUCAGGUAUCCUCCAGCCUCAUCCAGCCCCACUGUGGAUCUUUAACCCCAUCCGUCAGGACAGUGGCAGAGCCGGAGCCGGAUCCAUCAGGGACCAGACCAGCAGGCAGCAGGGCUCCAUGAGCACCACGGGGCAGCAGCAAGGGGGGGGCCUGCGUUCUCGCCGAAGCCUUGGCCGGGAAAAGGACCCUGGGCAGGGCGUUGGCAUGGAGGCGGCCUGCUGGCUUGCCCCUGGAGUGCUGCGCAAGCUGAUUGAGCUGCCCUCGCCCCCCCUGUCCCGACACCAGCUCAAGAGACUGGAGGAGCACAGGUACAGCAGUGCAGGACGCUCCCUGCUGGAGCCUCUGAUGCAGUGUUACUGGGAGUGGCUGGUGGGACGAGUCCCGUCCUGGAUCGCCCCAAACUUAAUCACCAUCAUCGGCCUCGCCACCAAUGUCUUCACCACCCUCGUGCUCGUCUACUACUGCCCAACUGCCACUGAGCAGGCUCCGCUCUGGGCGUACCUGCUGUGUGCCGUGGGUCUGUUCAUCUACCAGUCAUUAGACGCCAUAGACGGGAAACAGGCCAGACGCACCAAUAGCAGCUCUCCGCUGGGUGAGCUGUUUGACCACGGCUGCGACUCCCUCUCCACUGUGUUUGUGGUGCUGGGAACCAGUAUAGCAGUGCAAAUGGGCACCAACCCGGACUGGAUGUUCUUCUGCUGCUUCGCUGGGAUGUUUAUGUUCUACUGUGCUCACUGGCAAACAUACGUGUCAGGAACGCUGCGGUUUGGCAUCAUUGAUGUGACCGAGGUGCAACUCUUCAUAAUAAUCAUGUAUCUGCUGGCCGCCGUGGGAGGAUCUGCUCUCUGGCAGUCACUGAUUCCAGUCCUAAAUAUCCAGAUGAAAAUGAUUCCCGCCAUCUGCACUUUUUUAGGAGCCAUCUUCUCCUGCACCAAUUACUUCAGAGUUAUUUUUACAGGAGGUGUCGGCAAAAACGGAUCCACAACAGCAGGGACCAGCGUCCUCUCUCCAGUCCUACACAUUGGUUCCGUUAUCAUCUUGGCGGUGAUGAUAUACAAGAAGUCGGCUGUCCAGCUCUUCGAGAAACAUCCGUGUCUUUAUAUCCUGGCGUUUGGUUUUGUCUCGGCCAAAAUCACCAAUAAAUUAGUUGUAGCACAUAUGACAAAAAGUGAGAUGAACCUUUACGACUUAGCCUUCCUGGGGCCAGGCCUGCUGUUCCUGGAUCAGUAUUUCAAUAGUUUUAUUGACGAGUACCUGGUGUUGUGGAUUGCUUUGUUCAUUUCCUUCUUCGACUUGGUGCGUUACUGUGUCAGUGUUUGCAACCAGAUUGCCUGCCAUCUUCACAUUUUCGUUUUUAAAAUCAAGCCUUGCUCAGUGCUCAGCUCAGCUCCUCACUGAGGACACGCCGGCCAUUAACUGACUCUGUCCCUGCCCCCGUUAGUCGACUGAUCUUUCCUUCCCUCUGUUGUCCACGUAGAGAUGCAGGGGACGAUUUGUUGUGUACAGUAAGUGCUUCUGCCAACUGAAUGUGUGGACAAAUAAUAUAUAUAUUAAGAUACUGGAGUAUUACUGUCAUCGUUUCUUUUUCUCUUUCCACCGGUGCAGAAGUGAAUUUGUAUGUUCUUCUGCCCCAGUAACGAUAAAUCUCCUUCUGACAAACUCAUGGUUUCACAGGGCAAAUACUUCAGGAGAGUACAGGUGCUACUCAUCGUGUCUGAGGAGAGAAACUCGUGUGUGUUGUAACUGUUCAUGUGCAAGAAAAAUGUAAAGGAAACGAAUCAGACUCUUUGCUCUUGAUCAUAAUUUUUUGUAAUAUUUGCAUAACUUAACCUUUUUGCUAUUGUAAAUACCAAACUGUUACGAUGUCUGUGCUUCUCUUUUAAUUUAAAAAAUCCUGCUUUGGAACAUUUAUCAAACUUGCUCUCAUGUUUAUGAUUUUUAAAUCAACUUCAUCUCCUGCACAUCACAGGAAGCUUCACGACUGUUUCACACCAGCACAACCUGGUUUUUGGAGGAAACUUAAUUUUAUUUUUCUUUAACAUAUCAGAGCUUAACACCUUAACAGACAUGGGAGGGAUUUUGUGUUUAUUUAUUAUUAUAGGUCAUAUAUUCUGAAAUGCUUACUUUUGAAGUGACUCAUUUGUUUUAAGUCUUCCUCUCUGUUUCUCGUGUUGUUGUAAAUAUUUGAAGAUUCACUGUGCACACAUGUAAGAAUGUCUUUAGUUGCCCACAUUGAGUUAAAUGUAAGUGAACCACUAAGGUCACAAGUUAACGAUUAUGUUCAGAUUUUCUCACCUUUUUCAGUCAUAAGAUCAAUACAUGUUAAAGUUGCUGCUUUGAAUCAGUGUUUCCUUCACUUUAGUUUCACUCUGCUGCUGCUGCUGUGUCAGCGAUCACUCCACUGCUCCUCUGCUCUCUGUCACUCCCUCAUCUCAACCUGGUGUUGUUAUGUUUUUAUUCUUCAAUCUUCUCAACAAAUCCCAUGAAGAUUCCAAAGUCUUCCAACUGAGUCUGACUUCCCACUGUCUGUGGCACUGGGCUCCGAGGUCACAGGUUCCCACUGAAGACACAAGUUUAGAAAAGCCUUGUGAAUGUGAAGUGUAACUUUUAUAAAGCUUCAGGAACAAGAGGUUUUCAGUUGUUGUCUCUUCAUGGGAUUUGCUGAUGAGGAUAAUCUUCAAACUGAACGACGACUUUGCUGCAAUGAGUUAUUUAUGUGAGUUUUCCACACGACUGAUUAUUCUAAUAUACUGAACCACUUAAUUUUUUUGUGUAAUUGACACAAAGUUUCCCCCACAAACCACAUCUGCUGAGGCUGAACACUGAAUGAGCAGGAGAUGAGGUGACAUGAUGACAUCACAGUUUUUAAUUUGGUGACUGAGGAGAAUCAGAUCAAACUUUGUUCCUGUUAAUAAAAACCUGUUAAUUUGA